CAAAGCUGGCAAAAGACCUAUCUAGUUUUCACAAAGGACUUAUAUACAUUUCAAAGAGGGAAGAAAGCCUCUGAAAUCACAAAUUUCCUAAAGUAAAUGCUGUAAGUAAUAGGAUGGGAAGGGACUUUCUUCCUCUAUUUUCAACAGGGAUAAUAAACUUCUUACCUUUUUUUUUGUCCUCACAGUGGACUUUGGUUGUGUUUGCUCCCAUGGGUGUUGUUCAGCUGGCUGUUGGCUGAUUGAUCUAGGAGAGUUUUAGCUGGAAAGGCUUUGCUAGACCGAGCAUGUCCUUCCUGUGUCAGAGGCCAAGCAAAGGGACAAGCAGUUUCUAGCCUCUGCUAGAGUCACAUUCCCUGAACUCUCAGGGACUGAGUCAAGGUGUAUGAUGGAACCCAGAGGCAGAGUGUGAAGGCACUAAAAAUAUGUGGCAGAAGCUGAGAUAGAUGUAAAGGAGGCUGAAGGAUUAGGGAUAUGUUCAUCAUCAGACUAUCACAGAUGGGGCCAAAUAUGAAUUAGUUCAGGAUUUGAGUUUGAAACAUCUGUGAGGAAUUCUGGCAGAGCUAACCCCCAGGGAUGUGGAUAUUAGGGAGAUAGCUCAGGAAGUAGGUAGGGUUUUUGAUGGUGGAAGCAGAUGCCCCGGAGCGUGUGUGAGGUGAGAAGAGCAGAGAAGGAUGUAACCUGGGACCAAAUUCCUCUUUCUGUCACUAGGGGUAAUGGACAUGCCACUCUCAUGGUUGGAGAGAAGAGCCCUGCCGUCUGUGCCCAAUGCAGGACCCCAUGCUCCUUCCUUCUGUUCUCUAUGGCAGGGCCACUGCUUUGCUCCCUAGGGAGCCCCCAGAAUGCAUGCUGCCCCUGGAGUUAUGCACAGGAAGACUCUGAUGGCAUCCCUGGGUCCUGGAAGGCCUCCCUGUGCUCUCCACCUUCUCUCUUGCAGGCGUGGGCUCUGUCCCCAAAGUACACGUCACCAGGCCAGAGAGGGACAGGGUUUCAGUGCACAGCCUUGGAGUGGCUCCCAAAGCCCCACGUGCAGUGGAGGUCCCUCAGUAGGGAGAAGUUCCUGGGAUUCUCAGAGACCCAUGCUCAAGAUGCUAAAGGGCUGUUCAGUGUGGAGGCUGCUUGGUGGUGAGUGACAGGUCUCCAGGCAAUACGACCUGCUCAGUGCUUAGCCUCAUCUGACCUGCCCACCAUAUUGCCAGCUGUUUUGCCUUCAAUGCAACUAGUUCUCAGUGAGCACCUGGAAGCCACAAACCAGGUAUCAUCCCAAAUAUGCCUGAGGACAUCCCGAGGAAUUACAUGCUAGAAUAAUCUCCAUUGCACAGGAAGGACACAGACCAUCCCUGAGAGGCUCAAUGGCUUAUCCAGGGUCAAAAUCAGGGUAAAAAUGCCUCAACCGUGAAUAAGAAUGAGACCAGUGUGGUGUGGACCAUCCAGGCAGGCUUGCUGGAUAAGCAAGUGUAGCAUCCUGUGCAUGUCUUCCUGGGCAGAGACCACCGCCCCCCCCCCCCCCCCCCCCCGCCCCCAUGUCUCCAUGUUCCUGGACAUGUACAGAACUUUUCCACUACUGAAAAGGUGCUGGAUCUGUUGAUUCCAAGGUAUGGAUGCAUCCUUCCUGAAAUGGGAUGAAGAUGGCAGGCCCCUGGAGCAGAAGAAAAUGGCCAUCUUCUCCAUUCUGGGCACCUGGAUGGACAACUCCUCUCAGGAUUUUUUCCAACCUGCAGAAUUUCCCUGCCUGAAGAUGCUGCUGGCAUAUGUGGGGCUUAACAUGCUGGGCUCACGUCUGGAGCACCCUAUAGCACCCGUUCCGGAGCAGGAUCCAGAACCAACUCAAGAGCUAGCCCCAGCUCCCGCUGUGGUGCCUGCUGCAGCUUCAGAGCCCGAGGUGGCUGAAGCCAUCACUCCUGCUGGAGCUCAGCAAUUAGGAAAAGCAGUGACCCUCCCUGCAGUGUCAGAGCCCGUGCAAGUGGUAGUUAUAGCUCUGAUUCACUGUCAGGAGCUGGAAGAACCACCUGCACCUUUGGCAGCCGUGGAGCAUGAGCAGGCUCCAGCCCCAGCUACUGGGGUUCCGGAAGGACUAGAACAACCACUUGCUACAGCUGAACAACCAGCCUCAGCUCCCAAGCAGUGGCUCAUGUCGGCUGCAGCCCCAAAGGAUGGCUUCCCCUCCCCUGUCGUUGCUUUUUUUUUUUUUUGAAAUUUUUGUGUUUUUUAUUCAGAUAUGGAAUGGCUUAGUGUAUU